UCUGUGGCGGAAUACGUGGCAGAGCGACCUUAUGGUUCAGUGAGACUAGGAGCACAGGACGCGAGAGGGCCAGCUGUGUCGGUGAAGGUGUAAGUGACAGUCGAGAUUGUCAGUGUUGAGUGUUGUGGGAAAGUGCUUGUCACUCGGGAGGGUUGCUCUUGGAUACACACACUGAGAAGGGUGUGAGAUGGAUGCGGGAGAGCGACUGUCGCGACCUCUGGCAAGCCUGGGCAGCGAUGCGCACUUCCUGGACGCCAUCCUGGGGGAGAUCCUCCAGCCUCAGCUACAUGACGCCCUGGCAAGAGAGAGGGAGUGGGGGAGGCGGAGGGGACCUCCCAGCGCUCCUCCCCUGGAACUGGACAUGGACUACCUGGAAGGACUCGAUUCUCCGGAAGUGUCACCAAUUUGUACCGGUGUACUCGAGCAGGCGACCGCUCCCGAGCCUCCAGAAGAAGGGAGUGACAUAGAACUGUCCGAGGCUGAAGCCUCCCCGACGAGUGUACGAUUGUUGGAACUCGUGACGGCACUCGCGGACACGCUGCCUCCCCCUCCCCCGGACCCUUGUGAGAUGACGCGUUGUGACUCUUGGGAGUUCUCCUCCCUCCGGAAUCCCGUGGACACCACCGUUCGUUCCAAGAGUCCCUCCACUUGCUCUUCCUUUGAGUCCCUGUCCCGAGUGCUGGACGGUAUAUCUUCCCACGCCCCCUGUCGCGCUUCCAUGUUCCUCCCUCGUACCAAACGCCUCGACCUGCCCACCCGUCCACGCUCCGCCUCCCCCACCCUCCCAGUCAACGCUGGCAGCGACGACGACACUGACAGCUUCGUCACCGUUACAGUGGAAGAAUCGGAAAUGUUAGGGUCCAACAAUGGGUCGUUGCCAGGGAGACGGCGCCUGCGCAGCUGUAGCGACUGUAGCACGAGCAUCGCGCACCCCGCUCCCUGCCGCGCCAGUAGCCACGUCGACCUCACAAACAGCAAGUCCGCCGCCCCCACCACCUCCACCGCCGCCCCCGCGGCCUCUACCGCCCCCACGCGUCCAGACCACUGGCUGCGGAUGUCGAUGCGCCGCGUGAGGCCGUUUCGUCUCGAAUCCCCGGUCAGGCCGCUUUCCGCCCCCGUGACCCAACCGGAGCGUCCACGACCGUCCCAACCUGGCCGUCCCCACUCGGGACCUCCCCGCCCAACCAGGGGCCAACGCCGCCGAAUAUCCUCCUCCACGAGCCGUCGCCGGGAAGCCAACGCCUCAGAGCCCACCAGCCCCGACCAUUCCUGGACCCGCCACCCUCUCAGCGACGAUGAGGAGGACUCCGCCCCCAGCACCACCGUCACCGCUCCCACUUCACCUCAACAUGCUCCUGUACAGUCCAACCUCAGCGCCUACGAGAUGCCGCGCACCUGCCAGAGCGCCCUAGGCCAGUGGCCGCACGGUCUAAGCUCAGUGUUGGCCUCCCUCGGUUGUACCUUAGGCCUCUUCAACAUCAGCAGGUUCGCCGUUCUCAGCGUACAGUUCGGAGCAAACUUCUUCCUUCAGUUCCUCAUCAUGUCUCUACUGGUCGGCAUUCCUCUUUUCACCUUCCAUGUAUCUUUGGGUCAGCUCCUCGCUGCAGGCACCAUGGACAUGUGGAGGAUAUCACCCAUAUUUCAGGGUGUCGGCAUUGCUCUCCUAGUAUCACAAGCUCUUCUGGGUAUCUACAGCAUUGUGGGUGUUUCCUGGAUGUUCAUCUACUUCCGAGAUUCUUUCAUCACAAAGCAAGACAUCUAUCGAUGGGCAGAGCCUUUCAACGCUUACAGAGACGAUGGUCAGUCAAUGCCCGGAUACAACAUGACGCCUGUGAAGAUCGAAGAGACAGUUCCUGACUACUUCAGUGGCGUGGUGUUACAGCGCAACCUCAGCUCUCCGGGAAGUUCUCCAGGCAACCUCAAGUUCCAGGCUACAUUCAACCUUGCCGUAGUCUGGAUGCUAGUCUUCAUUUCUCUUAGUAAAGGUCUAAAAUCCUAUGGCAAAGUGGUGUACUUCUUUUCCCUGAUGCCUGUUUUCGGAAUGUUGUUGUUUUGCUCCAAACUUCUUGGCUUCAUGCCGGCUGAUCCUAAGUUCCAAUUUCUUUUUCCUGAAACCGAAUGGAGUGAAUUCUUUCUAAACUCAAAGAGCUGGGUGGCCGCUAGUACAGAAGCGUUCUACACGUGGGGACUCCUAGGCGCUGCCGCUAUGCAAGUAGCCUCGCACAACCGUCCCAAGCACUACCUCCACCGUGACACUGCCAUCGUCAUCAUCUUCACUCUCUCCAUUCUGGCACUCUCCGCCUUCCUGGCCAACUCCUGCACUCAGAUACUAUUGGCACACGGCUUCAUCUACAUGCCCAGCUCAUUCGAACGCAUGUCUACUUAUGCAUUUCUGCAUCCGGUCAAGAAUCCACUGCCCAACGCAUUCGCGGGGACGCCAGUGCGAUGGCUUACUCACUCACAAUAUGUAGUGGGGGAGAGUGUGUGGAUGCCUCACACAAACACUCGUCAACAGAGCGGCUACCAGGCUCUGCGCCUCGCCACCGAACUCGUACCCUCCACUCUCGCACUCAUCGGAGCCAACAACCUUUCGCCCUUCUGGUCUGUCCUCUUCUACUUCGUCCUCAUACUGUUCGGCAUCGCUCAACAGUUGGCAAUCUGGCAUUGCUUGAUCACUGGGAUCAUGGCUAUCAACAUCAAGAAGCUGAAGAACUGGGAAACAACAAUCACAUUCUUCACUUGUGCUUGUGGUUUCAUCCUCGGCUUGCCUAUGGCUACUCAGUUUGGCAUUUUCGUGGUUUACUACCUGGACUACUGUGUGGGCGGCGGAUGGUGGAUGAUCUGUCUCUACUUAGCGGAACUGCUGGCAGUUUUCAUGGUGCGAGGGAGACCUUACAGUGGUGAGACUGUCGUAGCUACUCUCUUUUCCCGAGCCGGUUCCUGUCUCCAGAACUUGGUCGCUCCAUUACUCUCCUUCAUCUGGAACGUCAUUCUACCGGUGCUUCUGAUGGUAGUGUCCAUUACCAUCUUCAAGAACGGAAAGUUCAGAGAGUUGUUCUGCUGGAGUGCUCCGAUGUUCUACGACUACUGGCCUACGUGGGCUCGACAGUUCGGCUGCUUAUUGCAGGUCGUGCUGCUCCUUACGAUACCUUUCAUCGGUCUUAUACAGAGCUGUCGUUACCUCUCUGAUGGGCCUCCGGAUAUUCUUGAUCGGAUCCAAAUGCUGUAUAGGCCACAGAUAGGUGGUGCAGCAAGUGUGUUAGACUUCACAAGUCAGACAGACAUGGAGACAACAGCUACCGCCUCCGCCAAUAUCGCAGCAGAGGACCCCCCACCCAAGUACACACCCCCUCCCUCCUACACCACUGCCACAGGAGCUAGGAUUGCUAAAAUGCUGCGUCAGAGCUUCAGACGAAGCAUGCGGCGGAUCACCACAGCACUAGGUAGUGGAGAGGGCAGUGAGCCGUCAAGCCGCCCUCGCCUGCCUCUGCCACCACCCCCAGACUACUCGGCCGUGCUGGUCGAGAUGCAUCAGAGUCAGGGAGACACGGUGGUAGUGAAUCGGACAGACCACUCCACCCUAACUGCUGACGAUGUGGCCACCAUACUACGCAGUAGCAUACGGCGCAAUGUUCGGGAUGUCAUUGAGAGUUCCAGUUCGGAGCGGCUUGUAGAUGCUGCGGCCCCAAUAAAUGAGGACUCUAUCGUGUUGGAAGUUGACAAAGUUCUUGACCUCCACAGACAUUGAUCGCACAGAUCGUAAAGUGUUUUCAAUUCGGCAUAGUGCAAUCAUUUUUUAUGAAGUAGUUCAACUGAUAUAGGUCAGUUAAAUUGAAUUUAAAAUGUGGGUAUCUAAUAAUCAAUCCUUGGUAAUUUGUGUGUUUCUCAUUUAGCUGCUUUUAACUAUAUUAAAAUUUGUGACCAACUGUUACUUAAACACCUUUUCUUCUUACUUUUUUCAAUAAAUCCUCUAAGGAAAUAGUGGACUUAAUCACCUUCAAGGAGUAAAAUUUUAAAGGAGAGUGUUAUCUUUCCCUUAAUUUCAACAUUAAGUUCAGUAAUACAUAAUAAUGACUUGAAACAAAGGAUCAACCAACUCACUUUGUCUGCCCAGCUCAGUUGGACUACUUCAUUACAAAAUCACUCUCUGCUGGAGUGACCUAUGUCGAUUGAACCAGUGUUUAGUUUACUGCCCUAGUGCCUAGUAACUCAUCUGUGAUAUCUUAUAGAAAGUGCUGAAUCCGUCCUUCUCGAAGCUGUUUGUUAGCCAAAGCAAUAGCAGUGUGUUGUGUUAGUGUGUGUCUUAGGUAAGCUACGAUGUAUCCUAGGACUAGAAGUAUAUAUAGUUGAACAGUCUAAACAAGUACAAAGUGUAAAGCCAAAUGCUGUACAUCUUAGUAUGCUCUCCAGAACUGAGUUUGGAAAUGUGUGAUAUUCACGUUAGUUAUUUUAAAUUAUUGUUUUCAUUUAAAGUGAUUAAACAACUGAAAUCAGUAAAUUGUCAUAAAGCUGGAAUAUAAGUGCUUUACAUGUAUAAAGUUUAAGGUUUUUAGAUGUUUAAUGCACAAAAUAAUUACAAAUUUUUUUUGACAAAUUUAUAAAGAAAUUAAUUAAUGAGAUGACUCCCAUUCCCAUUAAGUCAAUUAAAAUUACUGUUCACGUUUCAAACAUCACUAUUGCUAAUUGUUUUCAAAUUCCUCCAUUAUAUAUAGACAAUUUUACUAAACAUGCUUUUGUAACACUCGACACAAAGCUUUAGGAUAAUGUAGUUUAUCGAAUAGUCACUGGCUUGUACAGUCUCGAGUUAAUUAAAGGAUCUCAAAUUAAUACAACGAGCAUGUGUUUAAUGUUAGGUUUAAAUAAACAAAACUGCACAACAUUUGUGAUUUCCAAUAGAAAUUGUUUUAAUUGUGAACAAAAGAGGAUAUACUUGUGUUCAACACUUAUUCCUAGGAUUUUUAAUUGUAGAAAUCUGUACAUUCCUCUGGCAAAACGAACAUGUCACAUUUUUUACCAACUCACAACCAUCACAACCGAAUCAAACCUUUACUAUACUAGUCCAAGUAUAACGUCUCUUCUCUUGUACAUAUUAUAACUCUAGACUAGAUUCUAGUGUGUAUCAUAUUUAUUGUCAUGUAUAUACAAUGUUGUAUUUGUGGUGUUGCAUGUGAGAAGGCAUUCACAAAGACUGAUUCUGAUCCUUUAAUAAACUGAAUUUAUAUGUUACAUUUUUUUUGUAGCUUUUUUGCUUCAAGCAAAUAUUAUUUUAACCAAAAUAUUUAUAAACAGCUAAAAUAAUUGUAAUACUAAAGUAAUAUGCUAAUGAUUU